CAAUCUUCACCACCACCACCACCAUCGUCUACAACAACAAAAUGUUCGUCUUCAACAAGCCGUGGAAGAAGCAAGCAAUGCUCAUCAACGCUGUGUCGCUGCUCUCCGUCGUGUUUCUUCUGCUGCUGAUUGAACAAGUCAACACUGAGGGAAUCAACAUCAAGCUCGACAUGGAGGGGGAUGAUGUUUCCAAGGCUUCGGAGGGAGGAAAGGAUGCUUUGCUGACUACUGACCCUCCGACAGCUGAGGAAGCAACCACAACAACUACAACCACCAAAGCCGCAACCAGCGCAACUCCGCAGGAAGAACCGCCGGAAGGAUUUUUGGUCAACGCAGCGCAUGGACUCCAAAAUCUGGCUGGAGGCAGCUACCGCACUAAGAAACUCACUCCGGAAGAAGAAGCAGCUGCUGAACUUGGUUUUGUGUUGGUCCUUAUCGGAUUUUGUUGCUGCUGUGCUUGUUGUAUUGGCUUCGUCGUUCUGCUCGUCAAGGUGUUAUCAAAGUAAGAAGGAAACAAGACGAAAGGAAGACGGCAACAAAGAAUACGUGAGGGAUAAAAGAAGACAAACACAAUCAUCGAUAAAUAGAUAAAUAAAUAAUUUUGUGUUUCGCUAUGUUUUCUAUAAUAUGUUUGUAUUGUCUCUAUAUAUUGUUGUGUUUUUGCCUUGUAUAAAAUAAAUAGGUGUUUUCUGUUAGAUAGACAUUUUCCGGAAAAAAUACAAAACUUGAGGGAAAACACAUUUAAAUAGG